CCUCCUACUGCUUCACCGGCGCUUCCGGUUCCAGGGUCGUGGUGUUUGUUUUGGUUUGCGGAUUUUUUUUUUUUUUUCAUCUUUCCUUUUCCGGUUGUUUGGGCGCGAAAAGACUGAGCCGCGCUUUCUGAGGCCGGCAAUAAACUGCGAUGAGUGGAGAAAGAGGUGAAGCGGCUGACGGAUCCAGAAAGGGAUGAAUUUUGAGCCUCACGCGCUUGUGACUAUGUAUCAUUGCAAUUGUAUUGUUUAGAUCAAAAUGCCUGGUAAAGCAAAUGCUUCUAAGAGGAAAUCUCAACAGUUAAAGAGAAAUUCAAAACAAAGAACUGAUGAAGUGGAUUUUCCAGAGAAUGAGGUUGGAAACACAGCGAAAAGAAACAAAAGUCAUGCAGGGCAUCUGUCCUCUAAAGCAACAGGACAAGCAAAGUCUAUUAACCUAAAGCGGAUAAAAGUAGCAUCCAACAAGAGAAAAACCUGGCAGCCUCUUCCAAAAAAUACUGAAGAAUAUUUGCAAAGUAUGAUGGAAUCAGUAAUUCUAGAAAUUUUAACCAAAAACAUUAAAGGAAAAGAACAAAUUCAGUGUCACCUCAACUACUUGAAGAAAAGAUUACUGCAACAGUGUGGGACACUGAAAGUCCCUCCCAGAAAGCUGAACUAUUUAACCGAUGUGUCAAAUCUGCUGAAAAUGGAAAGGGCACAGGAAAGAGCUCAUGAAGAGGACCUGGCUUUACUGCAGGAAGAAAUAGACAAAAUAGUAGAGACCACAGAGUCAAUGACUGAAAGUAUUCAGAGCCUAAAGAACAAAAUUCAGAUUCUGACAAAUGAGGUAGAGGAAGAGGAGCAGAAGGUGAAACAGGAAUUUCACCUGGAUAGUAAUAAGGUACUGUCUCUUCCAGAACUUUCUCAGAAAAGUCUUAAAGCACCCACACUUCAAGAAGAAAUUUUGGCAGUAAUUCCAAACCAGAAUGCUCUUCUGAAGGACUUGGAUGUCCUUCAUAAUUCAUCCCCAGUGAAGGACAUGUCAGCGUUCAUUCAAGAAGCCUAUAAGAAACUUGAUGGCUCUUAAGGAGUUGGUUUUGGUUUUUGUUUUUAAGCAUUGUUCCAUAUUAACUUAUUGUUUAUGAAUUGUAAAACCUUCCUUUUUAAGACAGAGUCUCACUCUGUGUGUAGCCUGGGCUGGCCCAGUGUCACCCAUGCUGGCCUUGAACUCACACCAGUCCUGCCUCAGCAUGCUGAGUGCUGGGAUUACAUAAGUGAGUGGCACAUCUGGCCCAAAGGUGUACAGCUUAACUGUAAUAAUACUAUAAAGCUGAUGUUUGCAGAACAAUUACCCCUGUUAUCCACUUUAAAAAAUAGCCUUUGUGGUCCUAUCAUUAGUAUCUAAUGUUCUAAAAACAGUUGGUAGCAGUUGCUAAAUCUAGGAAUUCCAUAUAUGCUGUAUCUAUAGUUGUUUGCUAAAACCGUAUACUAUGAAUGAUUUUUUAAAUUAAAAAGGCCAUGUUGUAACAGUUUAUGAAUUCUGAAGGGAACUUACUUAUUGAAAGUAGCUUUGUGGAUAUGAAAAAUUUAUGUGUAGCACCUAACCAGGGAAAACAUGAGUGUGUCUCUCCCUUUAGCUAAUAGCUUGCAUUUUCUGUCUGGUCAUGUGGAACUUGAAAAAAUCCCAAAUGCUUUUUUUUCCAGAUGUUUUUAUUUUAAAGGUAAUAACAUUUUGGUCCUUUGGUUGAUUGAUAAAGCUUAGAUGUUGGAUAUUUUCCACUAUCAUUGAAGCAUACUCUAAGAAGAUUGUUUAAAGGAAACCUAAGUAUAUCUAUUCCCCUGAAAAUGAAAACAAAUAAACAAACAGCCAGAAAACAGUUUCAGGAAAAGCCAGUCAGGAGAACUGACUGCUGAAGGUAGAAGCAGAAGGUGAAGGAGAAGGCCAACCAUCCAGGAUUACAGACUAUCAUGUGUGAGACCUGCAGCCACGAGGAAGAGCCAGCACCCUGCAGGAGAAAGAAGGGUUGCUGUGGAAAGCCAUACCUGGGCUUUCGGAGAAGCUGUUAACGCAUGUCACUCAUGAGGCAGCCUGUGUGUUCGUGCCCACCACAGGUGUUCAUCUCACGUCUCAACAACUAUCCUCUAGAGUAAGAUAUGGGCCAGGCAAGGUGGCAGUUUUGACCAGGACAACAUUAGUUAUGUAAAACUGUAUCCCAUCAAAGUGUUUUUGCAUAAACCUUGCCUCAUGACGAGUUUAUGUAUGUAAAGAAAUAAUUCCAUACACAGGUCAGAAAUCCUCUCUAAGCAGCAGUAGUAUAUUGGCUUGGAAUUUUUUUUUAAUCUACUUAUAACUGCAAUUGAAUUUUUAGUAAGAAAAAUUUCUAAUAAAGAAUAUUUUUGUUGAUUUAUUAA